CUCAACACGAUUCAUUUUCAAUAGUUCUGAAGCCUUUUUCCAUUGUAAAUAUUAUAGAAAAUCUGUCAUGAAGUUGUUAUUCAUGUUGUUAUUUGUUACAGUAAUAAAAAACGUUGAAAAUGGUGGUAUAGCAUUUCUUUUAGAUGAUAAAAAAGAAAAUCGCACCUGUUCCAUCUCACCUAAUAUUCGUGGAAUUUGCAAACAGAUUACAGAUUGUAAAACUAUGGGAAAUUUAUCUCAAUCUCAUCCAAAUAUCUGUACCUGGAGAAACAAAUUGCCAAUCGUUUGUUGCCCAAUUUUAAACAAUCAAAAUUCGAAUAUAUACGUUCUUCAUAGAGAAUGUGGACGACAGCCUACACAAUCUUCAAGACACCUGGUCAAGAGGGACUUUAAAAUUACAGUAGUUGGAGGGAAAGAUACAAAACCAUUCUCUUGGCCUUGGAUGGUGUCACUACAUAUAAGAGGCACCAAUGGUUUCAAUUAUCACUGUGGUGCUUCCAUUAUUAAAGAUAAAUAUAUCUUAACAGCUGCACAUUGUUUCGAUUCGAGAUCUAAGAGACAUUCUGAUUAUAUUGUUAAAGUUGGAGGCCAUAAAAGAAACGAAGGAAGGAAUUAUGGAGUUUCAAAGAUUACAAUUCAUCUUAGAUAUAGAAGUGGGCAACAUUAUAAUGAUAUUGCUGUAUUAAAGUUAAACUCGUCUAUUCCUAAUGUUAAUCCCAUCUGCUUACCUUCAAACAGAGAACUCUACGACGGAAAAAAUGUCACUGUUAUUGGUUGGGGCCAAACUUCAUACACUGGACUUCCUUCCGAAAUACUUCAGCAAGCUGUAAUAAGUGUUAUACCUAAUCGUCAGUGUAAUGCCUCUUACACACAAUUAAGGGCAUCUUCAUUACCUAGAGGAAUCACAUCAGGAUUUGUGUGUGCAGGAAUCAGUUCGGGAGGGAAAGAUGCGUGUCAGGGUGAUUCUGGUGGUCCUCUUAUGAUGACUUCUUCUUCAGGUUGGAAAAUCAUCGGUAUAGUUUCUUUCGGUUACCAAUGUGCUAAGCAAGGAUUUCCGGGUGUAUAUACAAGAGUAUCCAGCUAUUUAAAAUGGAUAUCUGAUAACAACGAAAAAGAUAUUAAAUCUACGACUAUUGCCACGACUGUUAAACCUACGACUAUUCCCACGACUGUUAAACCUACGACUGCUGUACCUACGACUAUUCCCACGACUGUUAAAUCCACGACUGCUGUACCUACGACUAUUCCCACGACUGUUAAACCUACGACUGCUGUACCUACGACUAUUCCCACGACUGUUAAAUCCACGACUGCUGUACCUACGACUAUUCCCACGACUGUUAAACCUACGACUGCUGUACCUACGACUAUUCCCACGACUGUUAAACCUACGACUGCUGUACCUACGACUAUUCCCACGACUGUUAAACCUACGACUAUUCCCACGACUGUUAAACCUACGACUAUUGCCACAACUGUUAAAUCUACGACUGCUGUACCUACGACUAUUGCCACGACUGUUAAAUCUACGACUGCUGUACCUACGACUAUUGCCACGACUGUUAAAUCUACGACUGCUGUACCUACGACUAUUCCCACGACUGUUAAACCUACGACUAUUCCCACGACUGUUAAACCUACGACUGCUGUACCUACGACUAUUCCCACGACUGUUAAACCUACGACUAUUCCCACGACUGUUAAACCUACGACUAUUGCCACAACUGUUAAAUCUACGACUGCUGUACCUACGACUAUUGCCACGACUGUUAAAUCUACGACUGCUGUACCUACGACUAUUGCCACGACUGUUAAACCUACAACUACUACCACAAUUGAUAUAGAUUCAACACCUGGCAGUGCAGUGUGUGGAAGAAGCUACUAUUCAAGAAGGUAUUACAGAGAUGUGAAUGAAAAAUUUAAUUUAACAACUGAAAUGAUCGUUGGAGGCCAAUAUACUGAUACCACUUAUAUACCCUGGAUCUGUGGACUUUUUAAUGGUAAAUCUUCUCGGUGUAUCUGUGGAUGUACCAUAAUUUCUGAACAUUUUGUACUGACUGCUAGUCACUGUUUGCAAUCCGUUCAGAAUGCAAGAAAAAUAAAAAUUAAAGUUGGAAAUGCUUAUAUAAACAAAGGAACAACCCAUUCAGUAACGAGAGCGUACCAUUAUUUUAGUAAAUGGUCAACAGAUUACGACAUAUGUCUUCUUAAAGUCACAUCUCCAUUUACAUUCAACGCACACGUUCAACCAGCUUGUCUUCCUACAAAAAAAAUGUGCGAGAAACGUUACGAAAAUUACCCAGCAAUGGUAGCGGGUUGGGGUGUAACCACUGCAGGUGGGACACCAUCAAAACACUUAAAGCAAACUACAGUAACAAUUAAAAACCGAGAGAAGUGUGCAAAGAACUAUAAAAUAAUGGGAUCGAACAUUCAUUCGUGUCAUAUUUGCGCUGGAGGAAAUCACAGAGAUUCUUGUCAGGGUGAUUCUGGUGGCCCAUUGUUUAUUUAUGAAAAUAGUAGAUGGUAUCAUAUGGGAAUUGUAUCAUUUGGAUUAAGUUGUGCACUUGAAAACUAUCCGGGAGUAUAUACAGCUUGUUGCUGUUAUUUAUCAUGGAUAAAUUCUACUAUUUACCGUGAUUAUCGCUACUCUCGAAAAAAUUAA